AUGUCCUGCUUUUCACUUCAGAAUCCACCUUCUCGGGAGUUGACCUGUGGAGAUCUACUUGCGCAAUCAUUGAAACAACUUGGUGUUGAAGUGGCUUUUGGACUUCAUGGCGGCCACUUAGACGCAUUUCUGGUCGGUUGUGAAAUGAUCGGAAUCCGUCUGGUCGACACGAGACAUGAAACUGUAGCGGUUCAAGCCGCCGAAGGAUAUAGUCGAAUUAGCACGAAGCCCGCAGUAUGCUUCGUGACGGCCAACAGUGGUUUCUCAAAUGGCCUUGCUGGUCUAGCCACUGCGUAUGGCGACCGAAGUCCGAUUCUGUGCAUUACUUCAUCGCCCCCAACUCGGGAUACGGAGAACAAUUCUCUUCAGGGAUUAGUCGACCAAGUUGUUGCGGCACGUCCAAUCACGAAAUUUGCCCAUCGGGUUGUCAUUCCGGAAGAAUGUCCCAGAAUUCUCAUCUCUUGGGGUUCAAUUACAUCUUCUCCGACAUAUCCACCGGGUCCUCAUAGGAAGGCUAUCGAAGCGGCAGCUGAACUGAUUCGUAACGCCAAGCGGCCAGUCAUCAUUACAGGAACCGGCGCAAGAAGUGUUGAGGCCCGAAAUAGCAUAUUCAAACUGGCCGAAAAAUGUGAUGUCCCAGUAUUCAACAGCUCGAAAUAUGCAUCGUUCAGCCCAGAGUCGCCGAUGCUCUCCGAAGGGACAGCUGGAGUGCUUGGAAGAUUGGCGCAUGCAAAUCUCGCCCGACCAGACCUGAUCCUACUUCUUGGUGCAAGAACAGGCAUGUUCCUUGGUGGCAGGAACGGGGCCAUUAUUCCUGAUAAAGACUGUGCCCUCAUUCAAGUUGACUGCGACGGUGGCGAGAUCGGACGCUCAUUGCCAGUCGAACUUGGAAUCGUUUCUGAUAUUGAAGUUUUUGCAUCAGCUUUGAACAACAAACUUGAGACAGCCUACUCUCAAGGAUCCGUUGAUAAAGCAUGGGUACAGUCUAUGCUCGGCUUGUCAUCUGCAAAAUCUCCAUUUGAGAAUGAUGCCCAAGAGUUACCAUCAGGUUGUCUCCAUCCAUACCACGCUUUGAGACACGUUUUCUCCGCAGUUCAGCCAGGAAGCAUAAUCAUCCUGGAUGGUGGAGAGGCUGGGGCUUGGGCAGCUGAUCUUGCCCGGUACAGCAAUCCCAGUACGGUUAUGACAUCUACAGGAUACCUCGGAUUCCUGGGUACUGGAUUUGGAUAUACCCUAGGAUGUGCAAUCGCGGCCCCUGAUCGGAAAAUCGUGAAUAUCCAAGGCGAUGGAUCUGCUGGAUUCCACUUGAUGGAACUCGAUACGUAUAAGAGGUUCGAGCUUAAUGUGAUGACAGUCAUCGUGAACAAUUCGACUUGGGGAAUGAGCAUCAAUGGUCAAGACAUAGUCUAUGGGAGCGCCACUCCAGCACGACCGAUCAGUUCUUUAGAUGCAGGAACUGAAUAUGAUGUUGUGGCAAAGGGCUUGCAAAAUGCUUCGGCGAAAGUGUCACAGAUCUCCGAAAUUUACCCUACUGUUACCAGGUUUCAGGAACAAAAGGGUCCUAGUUGUAUCAACUUGAUUGUGGAUCGCAAGCCUGUGCAUCCUAUUACAACUCUGAUGGUUGGACUCACUGAUUCGCCUGAUGCUGUUGUUGUCCCAUAUUAUGACAACAUUCCCCGGGCUCAUUACAAUUUUUGA